CAAAAUCUCAUUGAUCGCCAUUUGCGGAUCCGACGCUCCGGUCGGUGCUUAGGUUUUUUAUGGUCCUUUUCGUUUUCUUCUUUAUUUUGUAUCCUACAGUGUCUGUUGACAUGAGCAGAGUAUGUAUUAAGUAUGAACACUACGUGUGUUCUCUGAAUCCGACAGCCAAAUUUCCCAUUUCCUCGGGUUUCGUCACUCAAAAUGCCUAAAAGAUGUAUGAAAGUUAGCGUCGUCUUAUCCCUAGGUUGGCCAUUCUUCUUCAGCUUGAUUGACAUCGAUUUCUACGUCAACAUGUGUGGUAUUUUCGCCUACUUAAAUUACCGCGUCCCCGUCAGCCGUCAGGAUGUCAUAAACAUUCUACUCAAUGGUCUUCAUCGCUUGGAAUAUCGAGGGUAUGACUCGGCUGGUCUUGCUGUGGACAUUAUUGCUUCGUGUCCAAACGGCCUGUCAAACGGAUACGCAAACGGUACGGACAUUCCUGGAAAUCCAGUCGCCAUUAUACGCUGCAAGGGUAAAGUUGCUUCACUCGUGGAGACCGUCAAGGAAAAGAUGGCGGACGAAUACCUCAAGCAGGACAUUGUUGACACACACGUUGGUAUCGCGCACACUCGCUGGGCUACUCAUGGUGAACCGAGCGAAAAGAACGCACAUCCUCAAUCAUCUGGUCCCGACAACUCUUUCGUGGUCGUUCACAACGGUAUUAUUACUAAUUACAGAGAUUUGCAAGCUUUACUGAUUCGUCGAGGCUUCACCUUUGAUUCGGAUACUGACACGGAGGUUAUUCCCAAGUUGAUGCAACACAUUUAUGAUAGACAUCGAAACGUUGAACCCCUUUCGUUUCUCGAAGUUGUCGAGCUGGUGAUCAAACAGCUGGAAGGCUCUUUCGCGUUGGCUUGCAAAAGUCGCUAUUAUCCCGGUGAAUGUGUUGUGACUCGUCGUGGCUCACCUUUGCUAGUGGGUAUCAAGAGUCCGCACGAGUUGACAAUGAAUCACAUCCCUAUCUUCUUCCGGCACAAGUCCAAAGGAUACAACGUUUGCCAGGCGUUUGCCAGUGGGGACACUGUGAUCCAUUCUGAACAUACGUUUAACCAAGUAGCAAACCACUAUUUGAGUGGCGUCGCUCCCCAUCGAGAAAUCGAAUUCUUCUUCGCCAGUGACGCGAGUUCCCUAAUCGAGCACACUGAUAAGGUGAUCUUUUUAGAGGAUGAUGAUAUUGCUGCUGUCAGCGACGGUCUCCUCACCAUUCACCGACUUAACAGAGCGGAGAAUGAUUCAACGACGCGUGAGGUGGUUACUUUGCAAUUGGAGUUGCAGCAAAUCAUGAAAGGCAAUUUUGAUUACUUCAUGCAAAAGGAGAUUUUCGAGCAACCCGACUCCAUCAUGAACACUAUGCGUGGCCGGGUCAACUUUGAAGCACGCACCGUGCAUCUCGGUGGUUUGGUGGAACAUAUGACCGUUAUUCGACGUUGCCGACGCCUCAUCUUUAUCGGAUGCGGCACCAGUUUCCACAGUGCGGUCGCCACGCGCGCACUCUUAGAGGAGCUGUCCGAGCUUCCAGUUAUGGUCGAGUUAGCCAGUGAUCUGUUGGAUCGUAAAACGCCUAUUUUUCGGGACGACGUUUGCGUGUUCAUCAGCCAAUCUGGAGAAACUGCUGACACUCUGCUAGCGAUGCGGUAUUGCAUGAGCCGCGGUUCUCUCGCUGUUGGCAUCACAAAUACUGUCGGAUCAUCCAUAUCAAGAGAAUCGCAUUGUGGAGUUCAUAUUAAUGCAGGACCGGAAAUUGGUGUCGCCAGUACAAAGGCUUAUACCAGUCAAGUUAUUGCUUUGGUUAUGUUCGCGCUAGUUUUAUCUGAAGACCGGAUUUCGCUGCAACCACGGCGGAACGCUAUUAUCGAAGGUCUGAAUAAAUUAUCAGAUCAAAUCCGAACUGUGCUCGAGUUAGACAAACUUAUACGUUCUUUAGCUGAGAAAUUAUAUCACAAGCGAAGCAUUUUGGUGAUGGGUCGCGGUAGUAAUUAUGCCACCUGUCUUGAAGGAGCCUUGAAACUGAAAGAACUUACCUACCUGCAUGCCGAGGGCAUCCUCACGGGUGAACUCAAACAUGGACCUUUGGCCAUGAUUGACAGUGAAAGUGCUAUUAUCAUGUUGCUCCCACAUGACGGUUUGUUUCAGAAGUCCAUGAACGCUCUGAAUGAAGUUCGUGCUCGGAAGGGGAACCCCAUCGUCAUAUGCAAUGCACAUGAUCCCGAUAUACCGAAAGAUGGCGUGGUGACUAUUGAAAUUCCCCACACUGUGGACUGUUUACAGGGAGUGCUGGCUGUGAUUCCUCUGCAACUCCUCUCGUUCCACAUCGCGGUGCGGAGAGGGCUUGAUGUCGAUUGUCCGAGGAAUUUGGCGAAAUCUGUGACUGUGGAAUAGGAAACGUUUUAAGAUUUUCUUCGACUUUGUUUUGACAACUCCAUCUUCUGUUUUUCUGUUCGAUUUUUUUAGUAAAGCCUCCUUUUACUGUUGUUUCUACCUUUCGGUUAUGGUUCCGCAUCCCUCUUUGACCAUUUUUAAGUGUGCAGUCGCCGCUGUUUGCACACUCGUUUUAUCUCGCUCACGCGCUUGUGUGCACCUCAGCCGCUCUAUUUCGACCCGUGCAUUGUUUCACUCCGCCAUUUUUAUGGCGUUUUUGUGUUAAUUUGCAGUUUUUCCCAUUGUUAGGCGACAUUAUUUACUUGCACGUCGGCGUUUUUUAUCGCACAUACGGGGUCAUUUUGCCUCAACGCAAUGAAUAACAUGAUGUGCGUGCUUCCUAUUGUCAAUGUCUCAUCGCUUGUGCUUCACUUUAUCUGUGAGCUCGCAUUCCUGAAUGCAAUUUCUUCACUGUUUCCUCUGUUCAUUGGGUCCUGCACGCAACUCAUCGAGCAUGUUCCUUAUGACUUGCUAUACUGCUUUCCAUCGUGUCUUAUCUUCAUCAUUAGCUUUGAACUCAGUCCGUUCGCGUAACAGUUCAGGCACAUGCAACGUACCCUUUCUUUUCAAAAUCGGUUGUAGUUGUGUUAGGCUCUUGUGUCGUCAUGCCCCUUUAAUCACCAUCUCUUGUCAGCGGGUGCAGUCUUGGGCUUGGUGGUUUCUCUCCUCAAACUUUCUUGAUACUGCUUUUAAUGAAUCUUGCCUCCAUUUUUUAUGUGCUUGCACUUAGUCAUCUCAGGUCUCAUUUCAUACGAAUUUUUAGUUCAGCUUUCGUAAUUGUAUUUCGGCACAAUAAGUGACCGUUUGUUUCGAUAGCGG